AUGUCAGGGAUUGACGUUUUGGGUUUGAAGGAUCCAAACCCGAACUUCCAACAAAUCAGAGCACCCUAUGCGCACCCCUACGCAUCGUCGGCCUCUUCCUCGGCCUCUUCUUCGACCUCCUCGGUCUUUUCUCUCGAUGGCGUGUCCGCCCAGAGCUCUGCCUCUUCCGCUGCCACGCUGCCGGUGGACGUGAUCUGGGAGAAUGAAGGAGAAUACUCGGCCGCAGGAAGGGGUCUGGCGGCGGUGGGAGCACGGGGUUGUUCCAGGGGAAAUCCUCCCCGAAUUGCUGAGUCGGCCGUUGUCCCACCAGAGUUGCGCAAGCAUCCCCGGCGGACCAACAGCGCCACUCAAGCGAACGGCGCAUCUUGCACGCGGCCCCCCCCCUGUCUCCUGAGACAGUCGGAGCGGAAGGUUAACUUCGUUGACAACCUUGUCGAUACCGCGUCGCAGAUCGUCGAGGCUAUCUGGCCAUUAUCCGCCGUGUCGCUUCGGAGUGACUCGGCCACUGGAUGCAAAGGCGUACUGCCCCUCCGCACUUUCAUCCAAGAAACACUCCGUCGCUCCCGCACGAGCUAUAGCACGUUGCAGGUGGCUUUGUAUUACUUGAUCAAGAUCAAGUCGCAUGUGCCCACCCACGAUCUGACGCAGGACCAGUCCCGAGGCAAGCCUGCUUGCCGGGCCAUGCAGUGCGGGCGACGCAUGUUUUUGGCGGCUUUGAUCCUGGCCUCGAAAUACCUUCAGGACCGCAACUACUCGGCCCGUGCCUGGAGCAAGAUUUCCGGCCUGAACACCGUCGAAAUCAACCAGAACGAGCUCAUGUUUCUCGAAGCAGUGAACUGGAGACUCCACAUCCCCGAGUCGCUGUUUCAACGUUGGACGGACAUCGUGCUGCGGUUCACUCCGGGCGCGAGCAGCAUACCACUUGAUGAUGGACAGUGCUGGCGAACGAUCAUCCCCAAACUCACCCCUGAGUUGGACAGUUUCGACACCACCCCUGCUACGCCUUCGAGCAUGGGGUCUUUUGACGCUCGCUCCGUGGCUGAAUCGCCAUCCCCCCGUGGCACGUCGACCCGACGGGAGUUGCCCAGGCUGCCUACGAGCGACUCGAUUACCCUGCCGCCCUUGGCUUUGGAACCAAUGGUGCAGCGCACGAACUCUCUGCCGUCCCUUCCUCCCAUGCCGCAGCCGCAGAUGUUGCCGACUCCCCAGAUGACCCCGCAAGCGAGCAUCGCCUCCACUCCUGCAGUGAGUGCUGGUGGAAUUGCUGCGCAUCGGCGUUACAUGCAAGUUGCUAUGUCGCAGGUACAAGGUAUGUGCACGGCGCGGUCGGUCUACGACCCGCGGCCGCCGCUAUCGCUUUGUCCUAAGCCUAGCACGUUUGAUGGCUACCCAAGCCUUGUGCGCCGAUCAUCCUUGGCUCGCUCGGCUUCGUCCACCUCGUCUCCGGACUCAAUGGUGUCGGAUGUGUCGACUCUGUCCUCCCAGUCCUCGCGAUCGUCUUCUAUGUCGUCGUGCUCCUCGGUCACUGGGGCCGCGCUUCCUCGUUUGGCUGUGCAGGCUACGCUACGCUGCACUGGCCACUCCCUGAAGGAGGCCCGAAAGAACCUGACUAUUGUGACUCCUCCCGAUGAGGGUCCGCUUGGUCCAGUCUAUAGUUCGCCAGAAAGCUAUACUGGUCCCAUGGGCCAAGUUCCGGAUUUGUCCGGAUACUCCUUUGAGCAUCCGAUUGAUCUGACUUCCACGCACGAGGCGGCCCAAAGCCUGUGUGAGCUGUCUGGCGCCACCUCGCGUCAGGAGCAGCCCAUGGGUCAAGGCCGUAAGCGCGGCCGGACCGGAUCGGAGGAUAUGCUGCUGCAGAACCAUUUUCAUCACUUGGCCAAGGCUAGUGCACUGGGCGAAGUGUCUCUACCCCACGAAAACGUGGCGGAUCUCUGGAGGAAAACCGGGUCUGGCUCUGCGCAGUCACUGACUUUGGCCCAGUUGAAUGCUUUAAACUACCAGGCACCGCUGUCCGGUCCCGCCGGCAUCAAACGCGCCUGCUGUGGCAGCGAAGCUCGCAAGGUUGCACUUCACCCUAGUAUGCGGGCAGACUACUUGGGUUAG